UUAGCUAAAAAUCCAGGAAAUGGAAAACAGCACCCCUUUCUUCCUCCAAUUCCCUACACCAUUCCCACCCCCUCACCCUCUAAAACCCUAACCCUAGAAUUUAUUUAUUUUUCUCCACCUACAAUCAUAUAGAUAAGGAAAAGGCAAAGAGUAAUCUCGUCCGUCUAUCUUCUCUUCCUCAUCAUUCAUACUCUGUCCGGAACUGACAUGCACAGAUCCGGAACCGCGAUGGCAUGGAACGUCUUCAAAUUCUGUACGGCCCUCCGUGGCCUCGGCUCCGUGAUGAUCCUCCUCGUCGUAGGCAUCGUCGGCGUUACGUACUACGCCGUCGUCGUCACCAAUUACGGCCCCGCCUUGCUAGCCGGAGGCCGUGAUUCCAUCAUUGCGCUUUCCGUCUUGAUCACCUUCCAUUCCCUGUUGGUGAUGCUGCUCUGGAGCUACUUUUCUGUAGUUCUAACGGACCCUGGCGGUGUCCCGCUGAACUGGAGGCCUGUUAUGGAUGAGGAAACGGGAGACACUGCCCCAUUGACCGGCUCGGAGUUUGGCGGCGAAGGUCCGACCACGAUCGCCGACCCAGCGAACCCGAGAAUCCGGUACUGCCGGAAGUGUAAUCAGAUGAAACCGCCUCGAUGCCAUCACUGUUCUGUUUGUGGGAGGUGUGUACUGAAAAUGGACCAUCAUUGCGUGUGGGUUGUGAAUUGCGUUGGAGCGUUGAAUUACAAGUUUUUUCUUCUUUUCCUGUUCUACACAUUUCUUGAGACAACUCUUGUUACCUUGUCAUUGUUGCCACAUUUUCUAGCAUUCUUUAUUGAUGGUGAGAUUCCAGGAACUGCAGGAACCCUUGCGACCACUUUCCUUGCAUUUGUGCUGAACUUGGCAUUUGCAUUGAGUGUUCUUGGGUUCCUGAUCAUGCAUAUUUCAUUGGUUGCAUCCAAUACCACAACUAUUGAGGCAUAUGAGAAGAAGAGCGCUCCUAAAUGGCGGUACGACCUUGGUCGAAGAAAGAACUUUGAACAGGUGUUUGGAACCGAAGGGAAAUACUGGUUCAUUCCUGCCUACUCAGAAGAGGACCUGAAAAAAAUGCCGGUGCAGGGUCUUGAGUAUCCGUCCAAGCCCGACCUUGAUGCCCAAGAGUUCUAACAAUCCAUCCAUCUGGAGUUCCUUUGUGUAACAAUCUUGGAAAGAAAAGAAAAGAAUCUUCCUCAAAACCAAUUGCUUGCAUGUCCGUUGCGGGGCCAACUCUGCCCCAUCCUUCAUCAUCAUUGCUACUAGCAUCAGCAUUACCCCACCCUCAUCAGCGCCAGGGGAGUCAAGGCUUUCAAGUGUGAGAGCCAGAGCCAUUGAAAUCAGGUAUAGAAUGGGUGUUUGCUUCUGUGAUGAUGGUGUUUGUUUCAUUUGUCAUUUGAAUUAUUAUUCAAGUGGGGUUUCAUGUGUUAUAUUAUACAAUGAUAGGUUUUUUGGAAUCUGUUGUAUGCAAUGAUCGCUGACCUUCUAACUUAGGAGAAAAGGAAAAGAUUAGUUGUGAUA